AUGUUUGUAGCGGAUUAUAUAUUGGAUUCCAUCGAUGAAACAGUUAAUCCUUGUGAAGAUUUUUAUCAUUUUGCUUGUGGAACAUGGCUAAAAAAUGCUCAUAUUCCAGAAGAUAGUGGUGUUCAAAAUAUAUUCAAUCUUUUGGAUACACAAUUGGAUUUAAACAUAAUCGAUCUUUUAUCAUCAAAACCACCCAAUGGAACUGUUGAACCAAACGCCAUAAUAAAUGCACGCCGUUUAUAUGAUUCAUGUAUAAAUGAAGCUGGUAUCGAAACUGAUGGUGUUGAAUCUGUUCUUUCCAUUGUUAAUAAUGAACUUGGUGGAUGGCCUAUUUUACAAGGUCAUACAUGGAGUCCUCCAAAUUUUAAUUUAUCAGAUCUUUUACUCAAAUUACGUAAAUAUGAUGAUGGAGUUAUUUUUAGUGUUAAUACAGCAACGAAUCAAGAAAAUUCAUCAGUUUAUGAUAUUGAACUUGGACAAGGUACUCUCGGUUUACAAGAAACAGAAUAUUACAAUAAUGAAACUGAUAUUACUCUAGCCUAUCGUCAAUUUAUGGCUGAUUUAGCGACAGCAUUAACAAAUGACACAUCAGCAAUUAUCACUGAUGUAAUUGCAAUGUAUUUACUAGAAAAAAAUAUUUCUCAAUAUCAUUGGACUGAAUCAGAACAACGCCUUCGAGAUAAUGAAACGAUUCGAACAACUGUUGGUAAUCUUGCACAAUCAUUCAAAGUUGAUUUUGAUUUCACUAAUUAUCUUCGUCAAUCUUAUCUUUUUGGCGGUGUAAAUUUAAUGGACACAGAUCUUGUAGCUGUUAGUGAAGUUGCUUAUUUAGCAAAUGUUUCCUCAAUUCUUCAACAAGCUCCAUCUCGUGUUGUACAAAAUUAUUUAAUUUGGCGUUUUAUGAUGAAUCGAGCAAGCAAUAUGCCAAAACGAAUUCGAAGUACUCGUGAACAAUUUGAUCGAGUCUUCAAAGGCACUACGGCAGAACCAUCACGUGCAAACACUUGUGCGAAUUAUGUUAAUGAUAAUAUGGGUUUUGCUGUAUCGAGACUUUAUGUUAAUAAAUAUUUUGAUGAUAAUGCUCGUAAUCAAUCAAAAGAGCUUAUUAAAAACAUUCGAAGUUCAAUGAUGACAAUGCUUCAAAAAGCAACAUGGAUGGAUAAGGAAUCAAAAGAAAAAGCUGUUGAUAAGGCUGAGGCUAUCUAUGAAAAUAUUGGUUAUCCAGAUUAUGUAGCUAGUGAUAAUAUAACACAAUUGGAAAAAAUGUAUGCUGAAUAUAUUUUUAAUACAUCAUACAUUAAUAAUGUUCUUCAAAUGCAACGAGUUAAAACUCGAGAAACUUUUCGAACACUUCGUGAACCUGUCGAUCAUCGUGCAUGGGGUGAUCUUCCUCCAACUGUAGUCAAUGCUUUCUAUGAACCAUCGACAAAUGCUAUCUCUUUUCCAGCUGCUAUUCUACAAAUGCCAUAUUUUAAUAAAGAUGCACCCAAGUAUCUUAACUAUGGUGGUAUUGGCAUGGUUAUCGGACAUGAAAUAACACAUGGAUUUGAUGAUGAUGGUCGUCAAUAUGAUAAAGAUGGAAAUAGAGUUCCAUGGUGGUCAAAUAGUACAAUAGACCAAUUUAAUGAACGUAAACAAUGUAUCAUUGAUCAAUAUAGCAAUUAUACAGUGGAACAAAUCCAUAAAAAUUUGAAUGGUGAACAAACACAAGGAGAAAAUAUUGCUGACAAUGGUGGAAUUAAAAGUUCAUUCUUUGCUUAUCAAAAUUGGGUAAAGGCAAAUCCAAACGUUGACAAGAGAUUACCAGGCUUAAGUAAAUAUUCUCAAGAACAAAUGUUCUUUAUUGGAUAUGCCCAUGGAUGGUGCGCAAAAUUUACUGAUGCUUAUGCUUUAAAUAAAGUUUUAACAGAUGUUCAUUCACUUGCACAAUUUAGAGUUCUUGGUCCACUGUCGAAUUUUGCUGAAUUCGAUCGUGUAUUCAAAUGCACACCUGGUCAAGGAAGUAGCCGAGUUAACAAGUGUGCUGUUUGUCCAAAUGACAAAUUAUGUCAUUGUAAUCGAACUAAACAUGAACAUCUCACUACGAAUGAUCAAUGGCAACAAAAUGAAAAAUGGCGUGAAGAUAUUCAUACCAUUAAAGAUUCCACUAAAGAACAAGGGAUUUCUCUGAUUAAUGGAGCACCGUAUGUACGAUGUGAUAUUGAAACUGAUCCGGCUAUUGUCGAAACGAUACUACUUGAUAUUUGGCACAUUCCACGUCCUGCACUUUUAAUGCAAGUAACAGGCGGACAUAAAUAUUUUAAAUUACGAGGAAAAAUGGAAGUUAAUUUCCUUGAUGAUUUUGUGAAAUUUGUGAAUACUUGGUUGUUAACUAAUGGAGCAAAUGUUGGUAUUGUACAACUCAUCGGACAAGCCAUUCGUAAGAGAAAAAUGACUAAGCCAGAUGACAGGACAAUAGCCAUUGGUGUAUGUAAUUAUGGUUCAGUUAAAAAUAUGAAAGAUUUUCAACGAUCAGAACAUAUUGAAUUACUGAAUAAUUCUUCAUCAUCUCGAAAUCAAGAGUCGAAAAGUGUUACUCAACUACGAACUGGUCAGCAAAGUCUAGAAAUGAAUCAUACACAUUUUAUAUUACUUGACGAUGGAACGCUUCAAUCUUACAAUAUAGGUGAUUAUCGUACUCGACUUGCAAAAACUAUUGCCAAAGGACGCGCAAAACAAACUUUAUCAAUACCUAUUGUAUCAGUUUUAUUCGAAGGGGGCGAAGAUUCUUUAAGAUCAAUCUACAAUGAUCUUCGUAGCAAUAUUCCUGUCAUUAUUAUUAAUAAUACUGGUCGUAUCGCUGAUUAUCUUGUUCAAUGGUUAUUACGAACACAAGAAAUGGAUCUUGAUAUUAAUUGGACAACACCAGUGAAUAUUAAUGACGAAAAUGGCACGCGUAAAACUUUAAGCGAGACUUUCAAAGGAAGAGAAUCGAUUAGUUUACAUUCUGUUAAUCUUCAACCUACAGAAGAUGAUGAUUCUAAUCGACUCAGUCGAAAUCGGUACGUAGAAUAUGUAUUAUUCAUUUUAUAA